UUCACUUUUCGGUUCUGUGCGUAAAUGCCUAGAUGUAUUUUUUUAUUUAAUCGAUUAAGCUGUACUUGAAAUAUUUCGAUAGAUUGUUAUACUAUAAAAGCCUGCGUGGAGUGUUCAAAUUUAUCAAUUAGAACUUACCAAUCAAACUAUCAACAUGAAAUUCGCAGUAGCCGUAGUCUUGUUGGCUGUAGCCCUUGGAAUUGAAGCAUCCGCAGUUGCGUGGGGACCAUGGGGACAUGGUGUUUAUGCUCCAGCACAUGCAGCAGCUGGAACCUGGGAUGGACGUUCAUGGAACUCCCAAUGGGAUAAUGGUCAUUGGGCUGGUGAAGGUGCUUGGGAUGAUGGUCAAUGGCAUGAAGGUGCUUGGGGUGAUCAUGGAGCUUGGGCCGGUCAUGCUGCAUGGGUUGCUCCAGCUGCUGUUACUGCUCAUGCCGCUGUUGUCCCAGCUGUUCACGGAGCAUGGGGUCAUGAAGGUAGCUAUGUAGCUAAGACCCGCGGUGCUGUUCAUGUUGCUCCUUUGGCCGGACAUGCUAACUCUGCUGCUGCCAUCAAUGUUCACCCAGCUCCAGGAACUGUCUAAACUAUGGGAUCUCAGAAAAUCAAUUUAACGGCAUCGUUAAAUAUCGCAUUGUAAAUAAAAACUCAAAGUUAUUUAUUCAUA